AGAGAGAGAGAGAGAGAGAGAGUUCUUCGCUUUUUCUUCCGCUUUGGACUUUUGGAAGUCUGUAAAAAUUGCGUCUUUUUAUGGUAUCAUUUGCAUCUCAUUUGCCCACUUGUCAAUCUUUUCUUCACUUCACUCCAUUUACACUCUGUACAAAUCUCUCAAUUACCAGUGAUUCACUGAUUCGCUCUCUAUAGAUAGAGAGUAUUAUGGUGAGAAGCCAUCGCCAUUGGAGAGAGAGAGAGAGCAGAGUUUGGGGUUUGGUGUGGAGAGGAUGGCGUGAGAUGCACGUGAGUUCCGUGUUUGUGCGCCGAUAGCUCCAAUCUAUUUUGUUUUGAUCUUUUAAAGGCUGGAAUUUGAUUAAAGGUGUGAUUUUUUAUGAUGCUUUUGCUGUCCUCUUCUCUCUUCUUAGCAUUGUAUUGGACAUUAACAAUCUGAGAAGCAUGGCUGUCUCCGGCGAUCCGAAGAGUCAAGGUGAGCUGAGAAGUUUCGACAAUUCUGAUGAACUUGCUACCAAUUUAGCUGAAUACAUUGCACAAUUAUCGGAUAUCUCGGUCAAGGAUAGAGGAGUUUUCACCAUUGCUUUAUCUGGAGGAUGUCUCAUCAAUUUGAUGGGGAAACUUUGCGAAGCGCCGUAUAGCAAGACUGUUGAUUGGACAAAAUGGUAUGUGUUUUGGGCCGAUGAACGUGCCGUCUCGAAGAAUCAUGUAGAUAGUAAUUAUAAGCUUGCAAAAGAUGGAUUUCUAUCCAAGGUGCCAGUUCUCAACAGCCACAUCUACUCAAUCAAUGACAAUGCAACAACUGAAGAUGCAGCAGAAGAGUACGAAUUCACAAUCCGGCAGCUGGUGAAGGUGCGGACAAUCGAUGUCUCAGCAAUCAGUGACUGUCCGAAGUUCGAUCUCAUCCUGCUCUGUGUGGGUGAGGACGGUCACAUUGCUUCGCUCUUCCCCGGCCACCCUGCAUUGGAGGACAAGGAUAACUGGGUCACAUUCAUUACUGACUCUCCAGUGCCACCACCGGAGAGGAUCACAUUCACUCUCCCUGUGAUCAACUCAGCCUCGAACGUAGCCUUGGUGGUUGCCGGAGAGGAGAACAAGGCCAAUGCAUUGAGCAUCAUCUUCUCUGACGAAAAUGAUGAAAUAGAUGUAUUGUCUUUGCCUGCUCAAAUGAUAAGACCGACGGACGGGGAGUUGGUGUGGUUUGUGGCAAAGGGUGUUAGUUCAGAGCCGGAUGGUAGUAACUCCGGUCAUGGUUGUCUGCCGUGACUGAGGACAAAGUCUUGCUUAUGCCGGGUGUAUCACGCAGAUACAAAUCGAUAUUGUACCAUUGAUAUGUUAUAUGGUUUUGGUACACUACAUGCGGUGUAGGCUAGAAUUUUCAAUGAUCGGAGCCGAUGUUUUUCGAGGUUUUCUAAUUUACUGAGAGUGAGAAUAGGCUUUAUGGUUGAUGAAAUUUCAAUACUACUCUUUGCAAGGCUUGAAUAUAUUUUUAAAUUGUAUUUCUUUAUA